CUUGGAGAAAACAAGAGUUGGAACGGUCAGAAUGUUGGGUUUCCUGAGCCAACAAGUAACACACCAAAGGGAAUACUCCAUCUCUCUCCUGAUGUUUAUCAAGAGAUGGAAGCAAGCCGCAACAAGUCAGCCCCUGGUACCACUGUAAGCUAUUUGUCAUCCAAAGAAAUGAGCCAGACUUCUAGCUCUUUCUUCAGCAUAUCUCCUACAACAAAUAGCACGGCUACGAUUGCCAGGGAACUUCUCAUGAAUGGAACAUCCCCAACUGCCGAAGCCAUAGGUCUAAAAGGAAUAUCUCCGGCUUCCCCCUGUUCUACAGUGCAGCCUUCAAAACAGCUGGAGUAUUUGGCAAGGAUUCAAGGCUUUCAGGUACACUACAGUGAUAGACAAAAUGGCAAAGAGUGUAUGACCUGUUUGACACUGUCUCCUGUGCAGAUGACUUUCCAAGGUAUCGGAAGCUCCAUUGAAGCCAGCCAUGACCAGGCAGCGUUAAGUGCCUUGAAACAGUUUUCAGAACAAGGACUGGACCCAGUGGAAGGGACUAUGAAAGUUGAGAAUGGAUCACAUGAAAAACAAGUCAAGCAUCUGGGAGAGAAAGCAGACAAUAAACAGACUAACUCAGGCACCAUUGCUCAGGACUGCAAGGAUUCAAAGGCUGUCGUCUAGGAGCUUCCCAGCACCCACGGCUGCCACUGCAUCCUUAUAAACCUGUCAACACGCAAUAGGGUGUAUGUGUACAAGGAAAUGAAUGACUAAUACCAUUAUUUGAGUCUUAUGUGAAGACAACACUAUUCUAACACAAGAGAUAGUAUACAUGGUACUGUUUAUUCAACUAUGGAAAAAAAUAAAAUGGAACAUUUCCCUUAGAACUUGAGAUCAGAGCAUAACUCAAUUGCCCAGAGGCAGAAGAAGUCUGAUCAUGUUACUGGAGGUUAAAAUAACAACUAAUUAACAAAAAGAGUUAGAAAAAAAAAAGGGAAACUUGAAAAUUGACUAAUAUUGAGGAAAACAAGUCAGCAUUGGUUCAGUUAUACAAUUUUUUCAUAGUGUAGUUUUAAGUUCAGCUUACUGUUUUUUAAAUAAUGCUUGAAUAUUUUAAAAUUAACCAAUGACAGUGCUGUGAGAAUUGUAGUUGUUGUCUUCAUAUAUAGUCAUACAGCUUAUCUUUUUAUGCAGACAUUAUGCAUUCUUCAUUCUAUAUGAAUAUGUAUGACUUUAAGAUGCACUACUCAGAGUUGUAUGCAAACAGAAGUUUAAAUCAUGACAAGUAUUUGCUUAACAUGAACAGAUGUUAGUUAUGAUCAGUCUUGAUAUAUUCCAGGAAAAAAGCAGAUAUGGUAUUUGAUUUUCCUUGCCAUAAUCAAUUAAAGAGGCGUCUUGCCUCCAAGCAACAUUUUCCCCUUCAAUUCUGCUCUCUGUUGUGUGAAGCACAUCUACACCCCAUUCUGUGUGUUGUAUCGAUCCACCGUUUGCAUCAACUGAGUGUUUUUAAUCUCUGCAUUCGGACCAAGAGCAAAAGGGAGGACUGCAAUGUUAUCAAGCCAAGGAUGUAAAACUGUUGAUGUAAAGAUCAUUCUCUUGUGAAAAGAGUGGCAGCAGAGAUAAGGCCUGUGGCUGCUCUGUACCAGUGUUUUUCUUUUAAGUGUGUGGCCAAAUGCAGUAAAACCACAUCAGUUCAUGUGUA